CACAAGUUCUCCCACAGUCUUGUCCUUUCAUACACGAGUUCAGCUCAUUGGCAACAGUUGAAUCUCCAUCGCGAUCUCCUUUUGCGGCUGACCAGUCUGAUUGGUAUAUUAACCCAUGUUCCACGCCAGUUACUAUUACCCGCAUAUUCAUACUGUCUUUCAACCACCUGGCCUCCCCUUUUCCACCAUCAAUAUUGCGAGGAAUCCUAUCGAGAUUCCCAUACCAGAUGAAUACGCUCCUUGGAAGCUACUCUCGGAUCAUCUUCCCGCCUCCAAUACCCCCCAACUGCCUACUGUGGAUGGCCUGGAGUCCGCUCUCGAACUAGCCUCCCACUCCAACCAAACACUCGACGUCCUUGGUGACUUUUGUACCACCACCUCCUCAAUUCCAGGUCGUCAACCCUGCUGCUUUGCCUUGUCGUUCAAACUUUGCGUCUAGCUCUAACCCGCUUACAUUCGUUGGACUGUGGCCAAGAUGCAUGUGGGCUGGUAGUGGUAACGGCUCCUGUGCUCAUGUGUCAUUUCUGAUCGCUAUCUGCCCUGAAUCCCAUUUCUCAAGCUGCGAACCCUCCCUUGGCUCAUUCUCUCGCUCGCCCUCCCCCACCCGGCCACACCUUUUCAGCCUCUGCCUGGAAGAUCUGGUUGUAGCCACGAUUGGUCCGAGAAUGCGCGUUCUGAAUGACCCUCCCACCGGAUACCCACGACAUUCCAACAUGUCCUCCUUCCCACGAUCCCCUCACCGCUGCCGAAAACGUCACUCCUCCAUCAUUGAAACGCCCUCAUCAUACCGCCAUCGGUUCCACUUCUUCUGAUCAACCGGCCCUAAAGUACGCGAAGCGAUCUUUUUCGAAUGGGUCAGCACCUUCGAGGCAUGGUCACCUGAAAGAGGAGCAGCGUGGCAGACGGGGUGGGCAGGAGGAGGACGAGGACACAAAUUCUGCCGGUCUGGACAUGCAGCCUUCCUCGGCGGAAAACAACAUAUCUCUUCUGGAGGCCGCUGCGACAGCGCUCAGUCAAGGAGAACAGGUCUCUUCUUCCAGAAUACCAGCGUCGGCGAGAGCGACAGCUGCAAGUUCAAUGCCGGUUAGGACGUCGGCUGAGGCUGGCCGUGCGGGAAGUCGACAUGGGCGCGGCGCAACUUCAGAUCCCAGACGGCCAAACGAAGCACAAGUGUUACAUUCGAUCCCCGUCGUCGAAUAUCUGCAGUUAGACGAGCGGCCAACAUUUAUAGUUGACGUUACCGAUGCUGUCAAUCUCAACCCUUCUCGCCUCAAUUUGAUCUUCGCAAAUACGGCGCUGAAGAAUCGCGUUCCUCUUUUCGACCAUGUACAGGGGCGGUCCGAGGACCCUACUCUCUUGCUUGAUGUCGGGACUCCGUUCUCUGAUUUUAAGGCCUGGGCUCUCAGCUCAUUGACGGAACCCGACAUUGUUCCUACGUUUCCUUUUGCAGGAUGGCUAUGGCAAGGCGCCCUACUACGGCAGAAGCUGAAGGUGAUCCAUGGUCGCCAGCAUCCUCUUUCACCUCCAUUGAUGGCUGAUGGUGUUGGUCGGGUUGGCAUGCAGCAAUAUCAUGGCCUUGGUUCCGUGUCGACGUCCUCUAGUGGAGGUGCUCGUGGGGACACAACAUCGCAAGGCUAUUUCGACAUUCCCCCGCGCACCAGCGGCGAGCUGCCACGCACGCUGCACCGGUUGGUGACGGAGCCUGUACCAGACGUCUCUCCAAGUAAUCUCGACCCCAAAUCACCCGUGCCGAGCGGAGAUCUGGGGUACUCGGAGCUUUUGUCUGGAUCUGCGCCGGUGGGCUCCGAGCAGAGAGCAAUCUCCGUCCCCCCUCACGUCAAUCUGGACACCGACUUGGUUGCCGUCAACGAGAAAGGCUAUUUUGAUUGGACACGCUUGCCCAUGUCGCCCUCUCUCCCCAUGCACAUACAAUUUGCAAGAGGUAUCGACUGGGGUGCUACGAGCCUGGGUCCCAUCCAAGACUGGUCUGUCGAACUUCGAGGGAUGUGUAACUUGAUCAUGGCCAGUCCACACCCUUCAGCCAUGUACUGGGGGCCAGAACAUAUAGCGAUAUACAACGAGGCCUAUGUUCUGCUGGCAGGUCAAAAGCAUCCGACUCUGAUGGGUGCACGUUAUCGCGAUGCGUGGUCCGAGAUCUGGGAGGCCUUGAGGGAAGUCUUCGACAAUGCCUUCAAAAACGCUCAGGCGACGAUGAAGGAUGACGAUUGUCUUUUCAUUAUGCGCAAUGGCUUCUUAGAAGAGACCUAUUUCUCCUGGUCCAUCAUUCCGCUCAUUGGCGCCGAUGGCGGGGUGGUCGGGCUGUACAACCCAGCGUUCGAGAAGACGCGCCGCAAAAUUGCCGAGAGACGGAUGUUAACACUGCGUGAGAUCGGUGAACGGACGGCUGCGGCUCGACAGGUCUCCGAGUUCUGGGGCCUGCUGCUUCAAGGCCUGGAAUACAACGAAUACGACGCUCCAAUGGUUUUGGUGUACUCCCUCAACGAGGAUUUGGCGGAAAGCGAUGUCGCUUCCUCGGGGUCCAGCGGUGCUGCCUCCAAUAAGGUGUGCUAUCUGGAAGGCAGCUUGGGUAUUCCUGCCGGCCACCGAGCCGCGCCACCUGUUAUCGAUAUGAAGACGGGUACCAAGGGUUUUGCCGCUUCGUUCAGACAGGCACUUACAACGGAUAGACCGAUCGUUCUACGGGUCGACAAUGGCAGUCUCGACCCGUCACUGCUGGAAAACAUUGAAUGGCGUGGAUUUGGCGAUCCUUCGAGGAUUGUGGUCAUAUCACCCAUCCAUCCCACCACUGGCGAAUCCACUUUGGGGUUUCUGGUGAUGGCUACAAAUCCGAGACGUCCGUAUGAUGAAGAUUACGAUUUGUUUGUUCAGCUUUUGGGCCGCCAACUUGCCACAUCUAUUGCAUCAGUGGUCCUGUUUGAGGAGGAAAUUAAGAGAGGCGAGAGAGCAGCCCAGCUGGCCGCCCAAGACCGCAUCGAGCUCAGCAAUCAACUUUUGGCCAGGACUCAACAAGCCUUCGAGGCCGAAAACAAGUUCACGAGGAUGGCGGAACUUGCCCCAGUCGGCAUCUUCAUUGGCAACCUCGAUGGGAAGAUCAAUUUCGCCAACGAUGCAUGGUAUAAUAUCUCUUCGUAUCCUCGUGAUGUGCCUGUUGACAAUGAGUGGAUUGAACAUGUUCUGGAUGAAGACCAAGCCAAAGUUCGAGAGCUGUGGAACACGAUGCUGGAGAAGAGAUGCGCCAUAUCCCUGGAAUUCCGCUUCAAGACCCCAUGGGGAGACAAACUGGGCAACCAAGGGCAAACAUGGGUCCUUACCAGUGCUUCACCUGAGCGAGACGAUGACGGGAAAAUCCGGCAAAUUUUCGGCUCAAUGACUGAUAUCAGUGCACAGAAAUUCGCUGAAAGUCUACAGACCCGUAGGAUGGAGGAAGCGGUCGAACUCAAACGAAAGCAAGAGCGCUACAUUGAUACUACCUCUCACGAAAUGCGCAAUCCGUUGUCUGCCAUACUCCAAUGUGCCGAUUCCAUUACCGGCUCCCUAAGCGAGAUGCGGGAUGCGAAUGGGUUGACAAAGGCUCAGCAGGAAAUUCUCGACCUCACCAUUGACUCUGCGCAAACAAUAACACUGUGUGCUCAACAUCAGAAAAGGAUUGUGGAUGAUGUUUUGACUCUGUCGAAGCUGGAUUCGGCCAUGAUGGCGGUCACUCCGGUCGACACACGACCCAUCGCCGUUGUGCAUAAGGUGCUCAAAAUGUUCGAUGCUGAGCUGAAGACGGCGGACAUCCGGCUGGACUUGAUGAUCGACUCAUCCUUCACAGCCCUUCAAAUCGACUGGGUCCGAAUAGACCCGCAUCGCCUCUCCCAAGUCCUGAUCAACUUGAUGACAAAUGCGGUCAAGUUCACGGCCACACAAGAAAAUCGGGUCAUCCGAAUGCACAUUGCCGCUUCAGGGGAGAAGCCAUCUCAAGAGGACAAAUGGAGGCUCACGUACAUCCCUUCUCGGACUUCUAAGGACAAGGAUGUCACUGCCGCAGCAGAAUGGGGCUUGGGUGAGAUGGUGUAUUUGCACUUUGCAGUGCAAGACACCGGACGUGGUCUGGAUGAACUUGAGAAGAAGCAGCUCUUCCAGCGGUUCUCUCAAGCUAGUCCCCGCACGCAUGUCACGUAUGGUGGCUCCGGCCUUGGUCUCUUCAUCUCAAGAGAAUUGGUCGAACUCCAAGGGGGUGAGAUCGGCGUGGCCUCCGAGAGUGGGAAAGGCAGUAUAUUUGCGUUCUAUAUCAAAGCUCGCCGCAGCAAGGGCGAUGUCAGCAAUUUGGACGACAAUCCCAGCUCCUCGGCACCACAUAGCAGGAAAGGUUCCAAGACAACGCCGCUGACGGGCUUGACCAUGCAAAUGCACCAGGCACCGUCUGAGGCCUCAGCUACGUCUCCGAACUCACUUGCCUCUCCGAGGACGACGUCCACCAGCUUCACCCCACAAGCUGACCCUGUCCACGUUCUCAUCGUCGAAGACAACUUGAUCAACCAAAAGGUUCUUGCAGCACAGCUUCGCAAGAUCGGCUGUGUCGUCCAUGUGGCGAAUCAUGGGGGCGAAGCCAUCGAUCAAAUCCGCCGGUCCAAAUUCUACCGCGACCAUGUAACAGAUGGGGUAAAGAUUGAUGUGGUACUGAUGGAUCUGGAAAUGCCCAUCAUGGAUGGACAGACCUGCGCACGCAAACUCCGAGAGAUGCAAGAUACUGGAGAGCUGGUUGCGCACGUCCCUGUCAUAGCGGUGACGGCGAAUGCACGAGCCGAACAGAUCGAGAUGACGCUGCAGAGCGGAAUUGACGAUGUCGUGAGCAAGCCAUUUCGGCUGCCGGAGCUGGUGCCCAAGAUGAAGGAUGUGCUAGCCAAGUUUAGGAGAGAUGGAUAAAGAGGGUCAGUCUUGUGAGCAAGCCCAUGUCACGAAGGGCGUGGGGCAACUCUAUACGUGGUACAGGGCGACGCAUUUCUCAGUGACCCUAGCGAAGAAACCUGACAUCAGGGAUGGUUGAGAUCAUGUGGAGAACAGGUCAUGGCUAGUCGCCGGCAGUCCUCAUCUCACCUCGUUUCGAUGCAUACGCCGGAAAAAUGAAAAGAACUGUCUCUACAGUGCUUGAUCAGAUCCGGAUGAAACAUGGCAGGAGUGAUGAGAUUCCCUCCCUUCAAGGAGAGACGACGAGGGAUUACAUUGGAGACCCGAAACGGUCCUGUCCUGGUGGAAUGAAGGAGAUGAAGAUAUGCCUUGACUCGACACUAUGCUGCCAACCGUGGAACAUGGUGAGCAGAGGGUUCCGUUCUAGCUUCAGGAGCAGGAACAAGAGGUCAGAUGCUCGUUUAUCGCUGAUCUGGCUUUCGACAUCUUACUACGAGCAACACCCCAGGACUUCCAAGAUAACAUUCCAGGGAAGGCUCGCGACGAUGGAAUGAAUGUAUAUGAAACUGCAUAACCUAGACAGUACAAUACCCAUUUUAAUUGCCAAUUGCACAAA